AUGUUCCCACGACUACCCAAAGUCUUCCGGAUAUUUUAUAUGGGAGUCGCGUUCCUGUCGCUUUGUUCGUUCCUUAUUCUCCGUGAACUCUCGUCCAGAAAAAAACAGGAGCUCAAGAUGACCAGAUUGUCUUCGUUACCGGCCAAAGAGCGACAGGAGAUAGGUGGCGAGGAUUUAAACACCAACAAUAAAAAUCUUAAUAUAAAACAAAAUGAAUAUAAUAACAAUUUUUUCUUUUUUAACGGGAUGCCCUACAGAUCGGCCCGCGUUGGCUCUUCUUCAUCGCAAUCCAAGCAGCAAGUGUUGCAGAUACAGCAACUACCAGAUGAAAAUAUAGACUCACAAACAUCUCUAUGGAAUCAAUCAUCACUCACAACGGGACCUAGCCUCGGUCUUCCUUACAAUUUUAGCCAAAUUAUUAACCCUUCUUUUCUGUGCGCCUCGCAUAAUUUUGUCAUAGUCUACAUCCACACAGCCCCAAACAAUUUUAAGCGUCGCAUGGCAAUUCGGCAAACUUGGGGGGAGAAGGACUUGCUGAAAAACUACGAGGUUCGUCUCGUGUUCGUCAUGGGCGUCGUGGAUAGCGUUCGUGUCAUGGAAAUGGUGAAGCUUGAGUCGGAUCGCUACAAUGACAUUAUGCAGAGUGAUUUUAAGGACUCGUAUCGUAACCUUAGCUUUAAAGCAAUGGUCGCGCUCCGUUGGAUCGCUGCUUACUGCCAUAACAUCACUUACAUUCUCAAGACGGAUGACGACAUAUUGGUCAACAUCUUUCUGCUGGCCAAGCAGCUAAAUGAUCUACAUCAGCAUAAUUUCGGCCGGCAAGACUUCAUCAUGUGCAAUGUGUGGACGGGAAUGAGAGCCAUUCGGGACCGUCGCAGUAAAUGGUUCGUCCCACGCCGCGAGUUCCCGCGUGACACCUACCCGUCAUACUGUUCGGGCUCAGCGUUUGUUAUGAGUCCAGACCUGGCCGUCCGCUUACUCAAGAAGUCCUUAACCAUCCCGUUCUUCUGGAUUGAUGAUGUUUACGUGACCGGGGUCCUGGUCAAGGCUAUCGGUUUAAAACAUGUGCGAUUUAAUUCGGCCUACGUUCUCGACUCGGGCAAAGUUGUGGACCGUUUCUUUAAGGACACAACGCGGACGCUUGUUUUCUAUCACGUUCGCGGUUACAAUACAAUGUAUACAUUAUGGCAAAAGUUAAAAGAGAGAAUGAACUUAUUGUCUUCUGAACACCGGAAUUUCCCGGUGAGCCGAACGCCUGGUCCCCGCUAA